AUGUUCUACAUGCAUUUGCUUGUCAACAAGCGUGGGCCGUUGGCCAAAAUAUGGCUUGCUGCCCACUGGGAGAAGAAGCUCACCAAAGCUCAUAUAUUUGAGUGCAAUUUAGAGACUACCAUUGAAAAGAUCAUCUCGCCAAAGUUUACAAUAGCUCUGCGAACCUCUGGGCACUUACUCCUAGGAGUGGUGCGGAUUUACUACAGGAAAGCAAAGUACCUCUUGGCAGACUGUAGUGAAGCCUUGACAAAAAUGAAGACAGCCUUUCGCCCAGGACUUGUUGACCUUCCAGAAGAGAACUUCGAGGCUGCUUAUCAGUCCAUUACAUUACCUGAAGAAUUUCAUGAUUUUGAAACACCACUACCUGAUUUAAGUGCCAUUGAUGUUGCUGAACAUUUUACCUUGAAUCAGAGCAGAGCUGAAGACAUCACACUUACAGAGGAUUACAAAAGCGAUAUACUUCUCUGUGAUAGAAACUUUGAGGAAGAACCAGAUGCACUAAGAAAACAGAGCUUCUUUGACGGCAGCAUCUUAAUGAGCAGUAACAGUCUUGUGGCUGAUCAGAACUCUGCGAGCGUGAAUGGAGACAAGUCUGCACUGCGAGAAGACAGUUACUGUUUUCAGCACGACUGUUUUGGAGAUGAGGAGGAUGCUGCAGAUAUGAUUGAAAUCCUGUUGAGGGAUGAGCAAAAUGGCCUGGAUAAAGACAUUCUUGACAUGGAGGAAGAACGUCCUUUGCCACAAGAUCUGCCAGAGAACAGCACAGCCAUUGAGUCCAACUGCGCAGACACCACCAUUAAGAAAGUAAGUCAUCUAAUGAAUGAAACAAUACUUUUCUUGAAAGAAGAAGAAGGAUUUGUGCUUGAGCCAGUUGAUGAUACAGAUGUCACCCAGAGGAAAAAAAAUAAAAGAAAGAGGAAGUUGCUUGUGGAUGUAGACAAGGAGCUCAGCUGCAAUGCUAUAUACAACCAACUUAACAACUGCGCGGACAUCCUUGCUGUGUUAGACCUUGCACCCCCGACAAAAAAAACAAUGACGUGGAAGAAAUCAGGAGGCGUGGAUAAACUCCUGUCCCACGCUACACAGCCUGUGGUUCACGCUGAGCUGCAAAUGUUGUUUGCAAAAUGCUUCAAGAGUCACGGAUUUAAGAUGAGAAGAAAUGGAAUACAGGGGGAGUCUAAAAUGGAAGAAACAAGAAAAAAGCAAGAUGCCACAGAGGUGCUGAUAGUAGAAGAGCCAAGUUACCUGCAGGAGUCAGCUCGUUCAGAGAUCGAGAGAAAAAUUAGAAACGAUCCGUUCGUGUUGACGUCACAGAAUAACAGAAAUGAAACUGAUGAUAACUGUGGUGAAACGAUACAGGAUGGAAUGGCUUUCUCAGAGAGCUCCUCGCUGGCAAACCAUUCACUGGGCCAAGAAGCUGAAACGCCACGAGCCGAGUUAACAAACGAACUAACGAGGAACGGGAAAGACAGUGAAGAAAUAAGGUGGAGCAAAAGAACUCUUCAGUUAUUAAAAACUUUACAGCACCUGGAGAGCUCAGGCGUGCGUUCUUUCAGUUUACGGGAGCUCUGUCGGAAAAGCAGCCGGAAGGAGGCUGCAGCCAAGUUUUACAUCCUUCUCGUUCUGAAGAAGCAGUCGGUUGUGGAGCUCAGUCAGAGCGCUCCCUUUGCUGACAUUACGGCCGCCCUCGGCCCGGCGUUCAACGCUCACUGA